AUGGGUCAGAGAAACCAUAAAAGGAAUGCCAAGCGACGAAAAGUUAACCACACUAACUACAAGAGGUAUGGAAAAUAUUCUUCUGCCUUACGGCAUUGCAGCUCACUCCAUCAAGAGAGGAGCUUUGGCCCACGCCGCGGCGGCAGUGGUCGAACACAAUCUCGACCCAAGAUUAUUAACGCAGCUAGGGAAACACGCGGACCCCAUGGAACUCUCACGCAGCACGGUGCGUUAUCUGGGCCAUUGGGCCGCAACAAUAAACAAAUCAGCACGCCUGACAUCAUUGAUGUAAGAGAAUUGGAACAAUGGGAAUUGCCAGAAUUUACGGGACAACAUUUUGGCGUUCCCUUUAAAGGCCACAAUAUUCUGCAACGGUCACACCGCACUAGGGUGGCAACGAAAGAUGAAGAAGCACGAUUGCCGUUGCAACAAAUAGACGUCGGAACGCUGUCCACCGAAUGGAUCGGAGGAAGGCUGAACAAUAGUGCCGGGAGGCGUUGGGACGAGGUAUGGUAUAUUAUGAAGAAACCCGAAUUACAUGCCAGACGGCGUGAAUCCAAUUUAAGAAUUAACAAUGCCGAUGCGCAGCGUAUGAAGGAAGCGGGAAUUAUUUGUACAGCUUCAUCACACCCAACCAAAGGAUGGGUAGUACCGCCUACGGUGGUGGUGGAGAAAAAACCCUCCGGGCAAAGAAGGCGAUUCAUUGCUUUGCCAAGAGAAAAGAAUGACAAGGAUGAUUAUGAAGCUGAUGUUCCUCUGGAACACAUUUCCCGAUACCUGGAUGCAGUUUACGAUGAAACUGCAACUUUAUUUGAUUUAAAGGCAUCAUUUUUUCAAGUGGCAUUACCGUUAAACAUACGCGCAAGUUUCCGUUGCCGCACGGAAUCAGGGGAACUCGUCGAGUUCACUUACCUUCCUAUGGGCUAUAAAUGUAUUCCUGAGAUUUGA